AUGUUCGUAAAAGUGUUGAUCUUCGGCUUUGGGACAGCGAUUGUCUGGCUAGGCAUCAUUGCCUCCUGGCGUCUGUUCUUUGGCCCGCUGGCACAUAUCCCCGGACCCAGGCUGGCAGCUCUUACAUUCCUUUACGAGAUCUACUUCGAGGUCUUUCGAGACGGUACCUACAUCUGGGAGAUUGAACGGCUACACAAGAUUUACGGUCCUGUAAUACGAGUCAAUCCGCGCGAAGUGCACAUUGCGGACUACACCUUUGUCGAUGAGAUCUACUCGAGCAGUCAUGCUCGCGACAAGGAUAUUUAUCACGUUGAUGGUCUUAAUGCGCCUUCAUCUUUGGCCGCCUCCAAGUCCCAUUACGUGCAUCGGCGACGACGCGAAGCACUGAAUAAUUUCUUCAGCAGAACAAUGGUCAAAAAGCUUGAAGGUUUCGUUCAAAACAGACUCGAUGGUCUAGACAUGGUUAUUGAACGGGCCCAAGUCACUCAGCAAGUAAUUUGUCUGAGCGAUUUGUAUUUUGGGCUUAGCCAAGACAUAGUGAAACAGUACGGCUUUGGAAACCACUGCAAUCUCGUGCGACACCCUAAUGAGGCUGCGACUGCUCGUGAAAACAUGGCAGUUUUCUUGGCUUACGGAAAAUUGAUGUUUUGGCUGGGCUGGGCUGUAGGCCCAAUACUAUGGCUCACGCCGAGUUCUAUGUGGGUGGAAGUGAAAAGAGCAAUCAAAACUUUUGCAGACUGGAGGAGUGUAGGUUGCGGCCCGGCACACAAAACUGCCAACGACAUGAGAACGAUCUUCGACGAGUUGCGAAACAGCCCAACUCUUCCGGAAGUGGAACGAAGCGCCGCACGUCUGGAGCACGAGGCGAUUCUUUUAGUCGCUGCUGGGAGCGAGUCCACCGCAAAGAGCAUGAGCAUUAUUCAUUAUCAUCUUCUGAGGAACGAGAGGGCCCUUCAUCGCUUGCGGAAAGAGCUUGAGACGGUCGGCCCAGGUGCUUCCUGGACCGAACUAGAACGACUGCCUUUCCUGGCCGCGGUCGUUCAGGAGGGAAAUCGGCUAAAUUUUGGUCUGACGGGACGAAGCUGCCGCGUCUCGCAUGAGAACCUGUGCUACCGCGGACUCAUGAUCCCCCCCGGCACCCCCGUAAGCACCAUGUCUAUCUUCGUCAAUGCCAAUGAGAAGCUUUAUCCCGAUCCAUGGACAUUUAAUCCUGAUCGCUGGCUUGAACCCGGAGCAGUGUCGCUUCGCAAGUUCACACUAUCUUUUGGAAAAGGGUCACGCAGUUGUAUUGGCAUGCAGCUGGCACAUAUGGAGCUCUAUCUGACCAUCGCGAGGACGGUGCGAUGGGAAAUGGUGCUAUACGAGACGGGGGAUGACGACGUGAGACUGCAUCGGGAUUUCACAGUCUCGUUCCCAAAAUCCGGCUCUCGAGGGGUUCGAGCAGUGGCUCGAAAGCGAACUGCGUAA